AUUGAUUCUUUUUUCAUGCAUUAUUUUUCCAUUAUCUGAAGAUAGAUACACAGGUACAUAAACUUGUUGUGACCCCUCCCCUCCCAAAUAUACCUUUUUUAAUUAUGUUAAUACAGUUAGCAUUGCUGCAUGGAAAACUCAAGACUUGAAAAAAACAGUGUCACUAUUAUGAAUGCAGUAUAUAUUAAUAAAAGUGAUAAAAAUAUUGAGCCAGCUGAUGAACAUAAAUGUGAUUCAACAAAUUCUGAUAACAGUCCAAGUGAAGAAUCCAUCGUCCCAUUGCCUUGUCCCCCUCUAAAGCCUGAGGACACAGACUGUUGUGGGUCAGGAUGUGUGCCAUGUGUGUUUGAUAUCUACGAACAGGAUUUAAAAAUAUGGAGAAAAGAAUGCAGAAAAAUAAAAGAAAAACAGAGAAAUGAAGAAAAUCUGUCUGAUGAUCAUUUGCUGUCUGAUUCUGAGUAUAGGAAGUUCUGUAUCACAGAAAUCAGACAAGAAACAAACAAUUGUUUUCGCUAUCGACUGAAGUUGUCAGAAUUUUCAUCCUUGGGACUCAAAGUAGGACAGCAUAUCAUUGUUAGGGAUACAAACAAUGGUUCAGCAGUUAGUCGACAGUAUACCCCUAUAACUGAUGUCUGUUGCUUGGGACAUUUUGAUCUCCUCAUCAAGAUUUAUGACCAUGGAAAAAUGAGUCAGUGUGUCAGACAAUGGAGUGUCGGUACGGGUAUUGAGGUUAGAGGGCCAUUUGGAAAUCUGCAGUAUUCUCCUAACAAGUACAGGAAGUUGCUUCUUUUAGCUGCUGGAACAGGCAUUGCUCCCAUGAGUCAAGUUAUCCAAUGCAUUCUGGGAAAUGAAGAAGAUGAUACACUGAUUCAGCUCUAUUAUGCUUGUAAAUCAUAUGAGGAAAUUCUUAUGAAGUCUGAACUAAAUGAAUGGUCAUCAUUCUGGAAUUUUUCAGUCACCUACAUAUUAAGUCAGGAAACAGGAAAUGGGAGGUCCUACAGGUAUGGAGACAAAGUCUGUGAGGGUAGAAUGGAUUUGGCUUUUCUCACCAAAAAUGUGUCACCCUCUGACAUUAACUCAGGAACUUUUAUUUUGGUCUGUGGAACAAAAUAUUUUGACAAUGACAUGAUUGAACAUUGCAAACAUCUCAGUUUUAAAGAUAUCCAGAUACAUAGAUUUUAAGGAUGACUUUGAAAUAUAUUUUGAAUGUUAGAAAGUCAAAGGUAAAAUUUCAUUAUUCUUUUUGCGCUACAACUGUUGAUU